UCGCAAACCGGAAGUUCUCCCCGAUAUGCUAAACACGACUUGACGUUGCUACAAACCAGAGAGAGCAGACACAUUUUGUUAUAUCUCCGAGAUCCCUCUGCCUGUUUUCGUAGCGGACACCCACACCGCGUCCACUCCCAGAGGCGACAGCAGCAUCAUGGCGUCUGGAGGCCCCAUGAUGAACGGCGACAUCUCUCGUUCUUCCAACCAGCCCGGCACGCUGGAGGAAACCAUUCAGCAGAUGAACAUCCUCAUCCAGGAGAACAGAGACCUCAAAGAGGCUCUACGCCAGACCAACCUGAGCAUGAAGGAGCGUUUCGAGGGUCUGUCCGUGUGGCGUGAGAACCAGCGGAAAGAGCGGGAGUUCCUGGAGGGAAAGCUGCAGGACGCUCGGGAUCGCAUGGAAACGCUGACCCUCCAAAACCUGGACAUGAGCAAGAGGCUGGAGGAGGCCGACAGGACAGGAGGGGCCUCGGGAGGAUGGCAGAGCGGGGAGCUGGAGGCCCUGCGUUCCCAGGUCGCUCGCCUGCAGGCAGAGAAGAACGACCUGGUGGCCAUGAACUCCGAGCUCCAGCUGAAGGCGGAGCAGGACUCGCGAGACGACUCGUUUAUCGAAAUCAUCAAGGUGUCGGAUGGAGGCGUCGGCGGCAUAAACGAGGUGUGCGGCGCCGAGCGCGGCAAACGUCCAGAGCUGAGCAUGACGGCGUCCCGUCUGGACAGCGAGGACGUGACGGUCAGCCAGCUGCUGCAGUCCCUGAGGAACGAGACGCAGAAGGGAGAGAGGCUCCAGGCCGAGCUGCAGGCCUGUGCUGCCAGAAUUAGACAGUUGGAACAAAGGAGUUGCGGCUUAGACGAAUCAACACAGACAGCUGCGCCAGAGGCUGCCAAAGAGGAUUCUGGGAAGCAGGAUGAGGCGGCUUCGGAGGUGGAGAAUCUCAAGGCUCAGAUGAGGACGCUCUUCAAAGAGCUGCAGCAGGCCCAGAGCAAGCUGGAUGAAGCAGAAGGCAUGAAGAGGAACCUGCAGGACAGAUGUCGGGAGGUGGAGCAGGACGUGGUCACCCUGAAGGCUCAGCUCCUGCAGAAGCAGGCCGUGCAGACGGAGAACGACCGUCUGAAGCUGCAGCUGGACAGCAUGCAGGCCCAGAGCCUGAUGGAGCAGAAGAAGACUGACGAGGAGAGGAACAACCUGGCACAACUGAAGGAUGCAUACACUAAGCUGUUCGAAGACUACAAGGAGCUCAAGGAGGAAAGGCUGAAGCGAGAGGCUCUGAUGGUGGAGAAGGGGAUGUUCGAUGACCUGCAGAUGCGCCUCACCGCUGCCGAGGAAGCCCUGGCCAUUAAGCAGACCAAGAUCGACGACAUGAAGCAAGAAAUAUUCAUGAAGGAGAAGGAGCUGGAGACAAUAUCCGUCUUCCAGGCUCAGGCCGAGGUCUACUCCUCAGACUUCUACGCCGAGCGAGCGGCGAGGGAGAAACUCCACGAGGAGAGGGAGCGUCUGGCUGCUCAGCUGGAGUAUGUGAAGAAGCAGAACACCCAGCUGCAGGAGGAGAUGGACUCUCUGGGCCGGCGUUCUCUGAAUGAGAUGCAGAAGAGACACGUGUCACCAGGAGGAAAUCCACAUGGAGCUGGUCCAAGCUUGGUUGGAAGAGGUGCUGACUGGCAGCAUCAUGGGAAUAUUCCCGAGCACGCCUGUCCCAAGUGCAACGAGAUCCUGCCGGACCUGGACUCCCUGCAGAUCCACAUCAUGGACUGCAUCAACUAGACCUCCGUCAUCAUAAGCCUUCACAACAGCAGCGGCUGCAUCGGCACCUUAAUCUGAGUCUUCCUCCGCUUCCACCCGUACCUCUUGUAUACGUACCCUGAGACGACACUCCACAGAUCCUUCACGAGAUCAGUCACAUUCAUCCAUGCGGUGCGAGCGUGCUGAUUUUGGAAGAUUUAGUAUGCAAUCUCUCGUGUGUUUGAAAUCUGCUGAAAAACAUUGGGAACAGUGUAGAAAAUAUUAUAUAAUACUGCUGUUGUAGGUUCUAGGCCCCGUACCAUCUGUGCAGAAUGUUCCUCAGUCGCAGGACGAAGCGAGUCUGGAACAGUAACGCGGAGACUGCACGGACCUUUGGAGGAUUCUUAUUCCUGCUGUCUGCCUGUCAUGGGCACAUUAAUUUAUCAACCAAAGUUGAGCCUUUACAAGUUACAUUUAUCGCGAGGGUGCAGCAUGUGGCUGCUGAAGGCGUGUUAUGUUUUUUGAAAGUUUACUUUUCAAAUUAAUUGAAGUUCCUUCUGUAUUUUACUCAGUGAAGAUAUUUUAGUUCAUAAUUGGGUUUUUGGUAUUGGGAGGACGGCGCAUGCACCCCGUGGGCACUUUAAUAUGAAGACAUUUUAUUUUGACUCUUUAGACGAUACCAAGUGAUUAAAACCUAAUAUAAUCUUAAUCAAGCUUCUACUGUGCUGCAGGAGGUUUCCUGUGGAUUGUGUAACCGUUAGCUUGUAAAAGGUCUUCUGAUUCUAUGUUGUAUUUCUGUGAAAGAAAAUAAAAAUAUCUGCAAAGA